UCUGGACGGUGAUGUGCACAGUAAUAUCGCGCUAAACAGAAGGAAAGAGGGAGAACGUCUGCGUGGGAAAGUGUGGUAAUAGGUUUUUAUCAUUUUGGAGCUUCUUGACAAAAAUUGGAAAAUGUCUACCUUGUCCGAACGUGAACGGAGGAAUUGCACGAAAUUGCUAGCCUUUCUGUCAUAUUCCGAUUUAAAAGCACUCUGUGAUACUGUCACUAACAAAUUGAUCACGGUGCACAACCCAGAAGCGGCAAUUAACACGAUCUUGGCAUACACUCAGAGUGCAGAAGAAUUACUGCAGCGAAGGAAGGUGUAUCGUGACGCUAUAUUUAAGUACCUGGCCAGUGAGCGUAUUGCCGUGCCUCCCGACGCCGAGAAGAAUCAGCUCGUGGAGAGAACCCUGCAGUUUUGGGCUUCGAAUACGAUGAGCAACCAACAGCAACGGAGAGAAACUACAACACAGCAGUCCCAUCUACCUAGUGGAUCCACAGACGUCCUGGCACGAGACAGAAUUGCCCAGCGGGAGCUUCAGCGUCGACGAGACCCUCAGCGGGACCUUCCACUCCCUGGGCCGAGCCUUCAGCAUAAUCCAAACCAACAGAGCCGUCAACAGCACCAUCGUUCUCGUGGGGGCCAACUGCGGGGCCUUCAAAGUGAGACUGUGGACAGGAUCUCCGGAACCUCCGAGACCACCGACAGGGUCUUCAACAUCGACGAUGUAUUCAAAAGUAUGGACAGUAUGUUCACUAAGUGACAACACCAGCACGACCAACUGCUAGCCGUCAUAGUUUGAGGGGCACAACACUGACGACUACAGUGUCUCAGGGCGGGGGGUGGGACGACUUUGUUUCUAAUAUUGUUUUUAUUUUUAUUGUAGUUACUGGAGUCGGCCAGUGUGUGGGGUGCCCCUUUUCUAAUUGAGAGCACCUGGGGGAAACCCUAUAAUAAGGAAGUCCCAGUGCUUUCUGCCCCGUUCUGUCCCUCUUUCUCACUGAAUUCUAGGUAAUCCUGCUCCAGGUCGGGCGGUUCGACGGCCCAAUGAUUUUUUUCCUUCACCCUCCUUUCUUCACAAGUUUUAUGUUGUACAUUCACAUCCCAUUGUUGCAGACACACAUCCACACACAUUUAAUAUAAAUACCCUACAUUUCACUCAUACAUGCAUCAUUGUCUUCUUAAUAAAUCAUUCCUUUGUUUAAAAAUAUACCUUGUUGUGUGGUCUCCCUUUUUGUCAUGACUAUAGCUUGACUCGUAACAAAAUGGUGGCAGCAGAGGAAUAGACUUCACGGUUUAUCCUUUGUGUGUCGGCGA